CCUUUCCCAUGCUCGGGUGCUCCAGCAUCAGCGUGAGAUUUGGACGAAGAGGCGAACAUGUGGUGGACUCGCGGGAACUUCGUGGCGCUCCUGGCGGCGCUCCUGGCGGCGCUCGUGGCGCUCUCCUUCUGCCCAGAGGCCGACUGCGCAGCCGCGCCCGGCGGCGGCCGUGGUGGCGGCCAGGCCGCCGUCAAGGAUUCUCAAGGACCGCCGAGGGGGAUUUUCAUGAAGGGGGCGGACGCAUCCGACUUCUUCAGACGACGCAGCAGGAGAGCGGUCAAGUCCCCCGAUGAGCUCAACGCCGAGCAGAGGCAAGUUCUGGCCGCCGACGAGCGCAGGAGAGAGUUCCACGAGGAGAAGAGGAACAAGUUUGAGAACUACGUGGAAGAGGUGGAUGACGAACAAAACGAGAGGAGCCGCGAGAGCACGGAGCAGUGGCGCGAGUUUCACUACGACGGGAUGCACCCCCCUUACGAGUACAACCGCCAAAGCGUCUGAAAGUGGCAUGGCAAAAAGGCAAAGACACCCGCAAAGUCUUUCUUGUUUAAUACAUGACAUCAAGACAUGCGACAUGCAUUUGGAGCAGCAAUUCACAGCUUGUGGAAGUGUGCGUGCGUGCUGCCCUACUCUGGUGAGGGAAGACGACAACACAGAGACAUUCCACAUUGCCAAAAUAAAACUUUUGUAUUCACAGCAAACAGAGGCUCACUCGUCUUUUUUUACUCUCCACACACACACACGUUUACAUUUGCCGAGCGUUUUCUUGACCCUGACCCGGAAGGGGGGGGGGCAUUCCGGGGGCCAGAGUCUUUCUGCUAAAUUCAACAGGCCGCUAUGAGGAGACGCACAACCACUGAUUGUACUCAAGCUCAACAUUUUUGCUUGCUCACAAAAA